AUGCUUUUAGUUGAUUUCUUCAACUUUCUUUCCCAAUACGCCAUUAUUGACUGGAUCGUUAACAUUCUCUUACUUGUUCCAGCCUAUAUCCUUAAAUACACCACUUUUGGCGAGAAUUUUACUCCAUUUAUUACUUCAGACAUUGAUAACCCAAUAUCAACGAACUCAUUAACAUACGGCAUUCUCUGCAUUGUUAUAUUUGGUGUUGGUUCUCUUAUUGUUAUUUUACUUUGGCUUUUAAUCUAUUAUGAUGUUAACGUUAUCAAGGCUACAGCUUCAUACAUUUUCUCAAUUGCAUCUGCAAUGCUCGUUUGUGCUGCCAUUGGCAAAAUUGUAGGUAGACCAAGACCAGAUACAAUUGCAAUUUGUGGUGGUGAUGGUUCAUACCUUACAUGCACUGGAUUCCUCGAUCAAAAGCAGCUCGCAUCCCAAUUCUCGUCAUUCCCAGCUACAGAAGCUGCUGAAGCAAUGGCUGCCGCAAUUUUCCUCUGUUUGUACAUUGGUGAAUUGAUUCCAUACUACAAUAAUGUUACAUCACUCUUGAUGGCAUCACCAAUUUUCUUCGCAAUUUUCGUCGUCGCUGCUUGUAUCUGGGAUCGCAGAAAUCACAUCGAUGAUGCAGUAUGUGCAAUGAUUAUUGGUGCUGUUAUGGGACUUAUCUCAUUCCAUACAUUCAAGAAAGUUAUCAAACAGAAGAAGAUUGAGCUCAGACCAGCUGCUGUCACAGAAACAUCUUCUCUUCCAAUGCCAAGAUACAAUUAA